UUCAUAUGCCAUCGGUACCCCCUGAACACAAAGGAGUUUUUUUGUAAGCUUGUUUUCAUUAAUUUUAGGAAGCAAUCCAAGGUUGAUGAGUUGCUAUCAGUCAGUGAAGAUCUCUCCCGCAGAGUUAGUCAAGAAGAAAUGGCUAGUUUGAAGUUAUUACGUGUUACCAGUGAAUAUGAAAGAUUUAAACAGUCUUCAUGUCAGACCACUGAUGAGUUGCAAAGACAGAUGCAUGAAAUGAAAGUCAAUGAGGCAAGGUACAAGCAGAUAGAGGAACAGUUGAAAAGACAAUUGGAAGAAACAGAAGAGAAAAAUAAGCGUUCAAAAGAAGAAUUUGGAAGACGAUUGAUAGAAACACAGAAAAAAUUGACAUUGAAAGAAAAUGAUAUGGAAAAAUUACGGGAAAGUGCAGAGACAAAAAUGAAAGUAGCUUUGGAGGAGUUGUCAAGGCAACAGAAAGAGUUCCAGGAUCAAAUCACUGUACUUGAAGAACAAGCAAGCAGUGUGAAUGAAUCAGCAUUAGAAGAACUACAAGAGGAUGUUACCAAAUGGAAAACAUUGUUUGAAAAUCUACAGGAAAAAGUAAAGCCUUUUCAGGUACAAUUGGAUGCAUUUGCUGCUGAGAAGAAUCUCCUACUGAGUCAAAACUGUCAAGCCAAAACUGAAGUACAGCAACUAAGCACACAGUAUGCCAAAUUGCUGGGACAUCAAAAUAAUAAACAGAAAAUACAACAUGUAUUGAAACUAAAAGAAGAGAAUCUAUCACUUAAAGAGGAAGUUAUGAAGCUACGAGAGCAGACAACAAAACAGCAAAGACAACUCGGAGAAUUAGGAUAUAAACAAGACAGCAGAAAGAAAUUUAAUCCUGCCAUGGCUUUCAAACAUUCUAAAGAAAACAGCACCCCAUUGGGGGAUCAAAACACUGUCUAGGAAACCAUAUGAAUGCAUCAUGACUCUGUUGGAGAUUAUCGAUUUGAUUAAAAACUUACACACUGCAUGUUUUAAUGAAAUAUACACUUUUUAAUUAAAUGA